AUGGAGAUAGAGAAGAGGACGAAUGGGUUCGACUACCCGGAGAGAAACAACGCCAAGUCCGUCAACGGCUUUUAUGGGGACCAUCCGCUGGAGUCUGAACAGAAUGACAGCAUGGAAGGUAAAAAUGAAAGCAAUGUGGAUGAUCCAGCUGACCAGCGUACUUGCCUUAUCUGUGGAGAUCGCGCCACAGGCCUGCACUAUGGCAUCAUCUCCUGUGAGGGCUGCAAGGGCUUCUUCAAGCGCAGCAUCUGCAACAAGCGCGUGUACCGCUGCAGCCGGGACAAGAACUGCGAGAUGUCACGCAAGCAGCGCAACCGCUGCCAGUACUGCCGCCUGCUCAAGUGUCUGCAAAUGGGGAUGAACCGCAAAGCAAUCAGGGAGGAUGGCAUGCCAGGAGGGAGAAACAAAAGCAUCGGGCCUGUUCAGAUUACAGAGGAGGAGAUCGAGCGCAUCAUGUCGGGUCAGGAGUUCAAGGAGGACGCCCCCGAGCACACCUGGGGCAACAACGGCGACAGCGACCACAGCUCGCCCAGCAACGGAGCCUCGGAGGGCAACCAGCCAUCACCCGCCUCCACUCUGUCAUCCAAUCGCUCUGUGGAAAUGAACGGCUACACGGCGGCCCUCAGGGACCAGUACAUCAACACCUCCAUGUCCACACACUACCAGCUCCUGCCUCACCUGUUCACCUACGCCGCCCAGUCUGGCCUGUUGGCCCCCCAGCCCCGCAGCCUCUACCCACAAUCCCACCCGCUGGUGCUGCAGCUGGUGGCGGCAGAGGACCUGGCCCCCCUGGCCACCCCGAUGCUCAUAGAAGACGGGUACAAAGUGACACAGGUGGAGCUGUUUGCCCUGCUGUGCCGCCUGGCAGACGAGCUGCUUUUCCGCCAGAUCUCCUGGAUCAAGAAGCUGCCCUUCUUCUGCGAGCUUUCCAUAGAGGACUACACCUGCCUUCUCAGCUCCACCUGGCAGGAGCUCAUCUUGCUGUCCUGCCUCACCAUCUACAGCGCCCAGAUCUUUGGAGACCUGGCCGACGUCACCGCCAAGUACACGCCGUCAGAUGAUGAGCUGCAGGGCUUCAGCGAGGACGGCAUGGAGGUGAUGGAGAGGUUGAUAUAUCUGUUCCGCAAGUUCCACCAGUUGAAGGUCAGCAAUGAGGAGUACGCUUGUAUGAAAGCCAUCAACUUCCUCAACCAAGAUAUCAGAGGUCUGUCCAACAUCUCGCAGCUCGAGCAGCUGAACAAGCGCUACUGGUAUGUGUGUCAGGACUACACCGAGUAUAAGUAUCCGCACCAGCCAAAACGCUUCCCUGAGAUCAUGAUGUGUCUGCCGGAGAUUCGCUGCAUCGCAGGGAAGCUGGUGAACGUCCCUCUGGAGCAGCUCCCCCUCCUGUUCAAAGCAGCCUUGCACUCCUGCAAAUCCAGCCUGACCAGCUACAGGACCGGCCCGUCGCCCUGCGUGACCACUUCCUCCGGAAACUAGACCCCACCCCCCACCCCCCAAAAAUGACCCCCCAAAAAGUCGAGGGACUGGUCUCCCCUCUUGUGAAUGUGACAAGCAGCUAGUUUGUUUUUCUUUGUAACUUUUUUCUUUAUAUAUUUAUUACACGACAGAGCUGAAUGUAUGCUGAUUUACACUGUGCACAUGCUUCUGUACAAAACAAAUGCUCGUAGAUGCAUUGGUCUUUGGAGUUUACAAGUGUGUAUCCAGUUUGCUCAAUGUGUCAGUGUUGCCAUUGUUAGAGCUAGACUUUAAAAGAGUUUAUUUUAUUCAGAUGGGGGCGGAUAGACACAUGUGACGAGUGUUUUGAGACUACCUCAGGAAGAUGUUGUUGCUAUUUUCAGGUACCUUUUCUUGCUGUUAAAUGAAGAGUUGCCCAGUCUAAAACCAAAUCCCUGUGGAUACUUUGGCACCUCAAUCAGAGGCUGAAUGUUCAAAGGAGCUGCGUGAAAUCAAAGAUUGAAAAAGAAAAAGGAAAAAAAAAAAAGUGUUUUUGUCACACUGAAGAUGCAAAUUGAAUUAGCAUAAUUUAGCUACUUUAUCUGCAUGGACUCUCAGACAUCCUGCUUAUGGGAGGCGGUCUUGUCAAUUUAACAUUCCAUGAGUUAAGGUGACAGUUAUUUGGAUCUGUGGGAUCUUCAUUGAAAAAAGGAGCAUACGGGUAUUUUUUACAAUCAUAGACUGGGGAUGUAAGGCUUUAUUGCAGGGGAAGGGGAGGAUAGCUAGGUUUGCUUUUUAGUUUUAUUGUUUUUCUUUUUUUUUUUGACCAAAGUGUUUAUGCAAUGCUUUUUCUCAAACACCCAUUGAUGGGUAGGGAGCUGAUAAUCUCCGCAAAGGAAAAAAAAAAAGAUUUCUUAUUAAUGAAGGAUCAGGAUAAGAAAUGAAUCAAUCUGUGUCAGAGGGAGACCUCUGCUGGACAGACGAGUACGUUGUUGCCGGAUUUCAUUCUAAAUGCUGCUAAACAUGCGAGCAGACAUGAUUCCUAGUCUUUGUUUCUCCGUCAGAUGGGUGGCUUUCUUUUGGCCCCGCUGCCUUCAGUGCCAGGAACUUGGUACACACAUCAUUUAAAGAAGGCUGUGUUAAAGUGGUAAUCUGUGACAUCUGCUUGGUGUUUUAAAACAGCAAGAAGUCUUCAGGGGUCCAAAACAUACCUGAUGUGCUAGAACCCAAAUGGGACUGCCAGA